ACUCAAACCGUCGAUGGUUUAAUCUUUGUUUUCGGCACCAACUUUGACUUUUUUUGACGAUUUUUCUAUAGCUGUAAAGACGUAAGAGGCGCGCGCGCGGGGGGAAACGCUUUGAAACUAGUCGAUUUACAAGAAGAAAAACAAUUUUUUUUACGGCCUACUAUCCAAUAUCUAUUUUUAAUUGUUUAUUUUCGUGUCUUCCUUUUCAGAGCUGUAUUUGAGAGGAUUUGUGACAAUGAUAUUAUUUAUAAGGAGAGGAGCGCCUGCGCUUUUUUUCCUAUUAGCUUUGGUGACGUCUUCUUUAAGCCAGGAGACAGGUCAGACGUGCUUUUCCAAAUUCAAAACGGGAAAGGAAGACUUUGUUCUCGUUACCGAAGAAUCUGUGAAAGAAGGAGCCACGUUCCUAUAUUCGCCGGCCCUGACCCAAGAGAGGGACUGUGUGGCCGCCUGCUGCAAGGACCCGAAGUGCAACCUGGCCUUCAUGCAGAGAGGAGAUGAGGAGAAUCCGAUUCAGUCUUGUUUCCUGUUCGACUGUCUGUACAAGAACAAAUACGUCUGCCACUUCGUGACGAAGAAGGGCUUUACGAGUUAUAUCCUGGGCUCCAUGUAUGAAAGUUACCUCAGUGUUAAACCUGGGCCAACACAAGUUGAUAAUCCACCAAAAGCCAAUGCAGGUUUUGACCUGGUCGUCCAGCCUGGCGAAAAGGUGAAACUGAGUGGCCAUAAUAGCAAAGAUGACCAUAAAAUUAAGGACUUUAAAUGGGAAAUGCUCACAGAUUUUCCUUCUGCUGUCCUAGAGAAAACCACAUUUCCUGACGAGCUUCUCGUUUCCGAUUUGACUCCUGGAAAAUAUAAGUUCAAGUUGACCGUCACUGACAGCAGUGACCAGACAGAUUCAACCAUCCUCACUGUGCUGGUUCUCACCCCAGAGGAAUCAGAGCAUCACUGUAAGGCUCCAAAGAAAAUUGGACCGUGUCGUGGAUCUUUCCCUCGCUGGCACUUCAAUGCUGCCUCCCAAAAAUGUGAGAAUUUCCUUUUUGGAGGCUGCAGGGAGAAUCUGAACAACUACCUCACAGAAAAGGAGUGCAAUACCACCUGCUCUAUUUUAGGAUCAACUCGUCUGAUUCUGCCAACAAAACCAGUCUCCAUCACAGAAAAGUGUGGGAAUCCUUGCAGUUCGGAUCAGUUUACCUGUGCCAAUGAUUGCUGUCUGGAAAAAGGAUAUGACUGUGAUGGUAUACCUCAAUGUGCAGAUGGCUCAGAUGAAAAGAAUUGUGACAAAUGGGGAAGGUCAUUUGAGAAUCUUAUAAACAUACCGAUAGAAGAGAAAAAAGCUCGUUGCACCGAUGUCGUCGACACGGGAGAUUGCCUCGAAAGUCAGACAAAGUGGUACUAUGACCCCUCCAAACUGGAUUGCUUCCGUUUUAACUAUGGUGGUUGUGGAGGAAAUGAUAACAAGUUUGAUUCCCAAGAUGCCUGCAAAAAAAUUUGCGAAGGAAUAACAGUGAAGGAUGUUGUCAUCAGACCAGGAAUGUUUGAGAAAAGUACAGCUGAGUCCAACCUAGGAACGAUCAUUGCCGUGUGCCUGGGUGUUCUCAUCGUCGUCAUGCUUUUCGUUCUUGGAUACUGCUGCUGGAAGUAUAGGAAUAACAGUAAAAAGUCAGGAAGCGUUCAAGCUAAAUCCUGGAAUGAUAACGAAAACCAUGUCUACCGCGACGAUCCGUCAAAGCCAGUUUGAGCCCCCAGACCUGUUUUUUUUACCGUCAUUGUCGUAAGGAUUUACUCCAAAGAUGGAUCACACAUAGAACAAGCUCAGGUUGAUGAGAUUAAUAUGUUUUGUUUGUUCAAGAUGUAUUUUAAGGUGAUAAAUGCAGCACAGAGACCAGAGAGUCUUCACUGAUAAAUGUGAUGUUUUUGCUUUUAUUUUUCUGCUUGUUUGAUUUCUUUAAACUAUUAAAACAGAGGGUUGUCAAUGAACCUUGUAUUUUGCAAGAAUUUUCCAUGUGACUUUUUAAAUUAUCAACAAUUUUGAAUUAUUAUGUUUUCUUUUCUUUUCUUUUUUUAAAUUUAGGAACAAUAGCCUGAAAUCUAGUUUGUUUUUGAAAUGUUACUUCAAAAUAAGACUCCUGCCAAGUCUGUUGCCUUUUCAUACAAAGCUAUUUUGAAAAGGCUUGUAGAUUUCCCAAAUAUUUUUUUCCCCCUGAGACAAUUACUCGUUUUGUAUCUGCUUCAACAGACUGUUGUUACAAACUAAACAAAACCAACUCAUUAAUGUUGUACAUAUUCAUGGAAUUUUAAAGUGACAUAAUUUUGUGGUUGAUAUUUUUUUAAAUAGUACAUCAAAAAUACAAUCAUUAUUUUACUCUUUGAAAAUGUUUAAAGUUUGAAGUUACCUUGUGUUUUUCUGUGUUUUUAGCUGUAUUCUGUUAAUGAUACUGAAUAAAAAGUAUACAAGACUUCAGUAGCCAGUGUGCUGUUUUGCUAAUGGCUAUUUAAUGGCAGUUUUAAUUGUCUUUCAUUUAACUUGUUUUUUUUCUUGUUUAGUGGCACUAUUAAAGCUCUUUUAAGAUGUUUUUUUUAUUUUUUUCUUUUUUUUCUUUUGUCCUCUAAAGUUAAAAAUUAAAGUGAGCAAGUAUUAUAUGAAUGACACUGGGGCUGGUAAACCCAUUACUUAUUAUUCAACUCUUUUAUAUUGGAAACUCAGACUUGCAGAUUUAAAGUUUGCUUAAAAACAUAUAUAUAUCU